ACACACAGAGAGAGAGAGAGGCUGGGCCGGGGAGCUACAGCUACAGACUGAUACAGAAACAGCUAGCUCCCCCAGCCCAGGGGUGUGUGUGUCUGCAGCGGGGGGUUUCCUCCGGAUUCUGUAACAAAUUCCCGCAAUGAUACAGUAACAGCUGGAACACCGUGGGAACCAGCUCCGCUGCAGGGUUAGUUACAGAGCCCUUUUGCAAAAGUCAUCUUUUUUAUUGCGUGUUUAUUGACUAACUGUAGAAGACAUGGCUGAUGUACUUAUAGAAGAGGACGAAGAAGAAUGCCCCAAGCUGAUUCCAAUUGAAACAGAUUCUAACCUGGGAAGUGUGCGGAUCCCAGUAACAAUCAUUACCGGAUAUUUAGGUUCUGGUAAAACAACUCUUCUGAAUUACAUUCUAACAGAACAACACAAUAAGCGAAUUGCAGUCAUUCUUAAUGAGUUUGGUGAAGGGAGUGCACUAGAGAAAUCACUGGCUGUGAGCCAUGCAGGGGAACUUUAUGAGGAAUGGUUGGAGUUACGGAAUGGAUGCCUUUGUUGUUCAGUGAAGUAAGACUUUUUUUUUACUUUGUUAAAUCUAAUGGAGAGAUAUUAAAAAAUUAGGCCUAUAAUCUUGAAAACAAGUCCUGGCCUAGCCAGCUUCGGUGCUGUUUCCGCCAUGUUUUGGGUUGAUGCAGAAUUAGGGAGUGACGUUUAUCUUGAUGGUAUUAUUUCUGUUGUUGAUGCAAAAUAUGGAAUGCAGCAUCUGUCAGAAGAGAAACCUGAAGGCCUGGUUAAUGAAGCAGCCAGACAGAUUGCUCUUGGUGACCUUAUUAUUAUUAACAAAACUGACCUGGUUCAACAAGAGGAGCUGGAAGAUUUGAAAACUGCUGUAAGGUCAAUCAAUGGACUUGCGAAGUUAAUUGAAACACAAAGAUCAAGGGUUGAACUUAGCGAAGUUCUUGAUUUGCAUGCUUUCGAUAGCCAAGCCAGUGAAAGUUUGCAGGAAAAAUUAUGCCUUGUGCAGUCAGGCCACCCUCACCUUGAUAAGAGAAUCAUUACAGUUACAUUCGAAGUCCCUGGCACCAUUCUCGAAGAAGACUUAAAUAUAUACCUUCAGAAUCUUUUAUGGGAAAAAUGUUUGAAGAAUAAGUCAGGCGAUCCAAUGGAUAUCAUACGUUUAAAGGCCAUUGUGUCAAUAUAUGGAAAACAACAGCAGGUGAUUGUCCAAGGAGUCUAUGAACUAUAUGAGCUGGAAGAAACCUCAGUUAACUGGAAUAUUGACAGUGAAAGAAUCAACAGAUUUGUAUUUAUAGGAAGAAACUUGGAUAAAGAAAUUCUGGAAGAAUUAUUUUCUACGACUGUAAUGAAGCAAGGAGAGUCCAGCUGAAAUUUUAAUAGGAAUAUUGCAGACAGAAAUCUAGUUGAAGUGAAGCUCGUUGUUUACAUACUGGAGGGAAUUAUUUUUUUCCUAUUGACUCUGUCCGUUUGUCGAAUUUUUAACUAUCUAUUUUGCAUUUAUCACCAACACCACAGUUAAUCUCACCUCACUGAACCCCGAAAAGAAGGAACAAGCCACACCAAAGCAGGUUCUCAUCAUCUGUCUUGAGACACGCCAUUGUGUUUUAUUUUCUGCGCAUCAAUUGAUGAAGUUACCUGAAAUUGAGUGGCAAAAAUCUAAUACUUAGUUGAAUUGUAGAAUAUUUUAAAUGACUUUAUUGGUGAACUUUGAUCUCAUCAAUGUGACUGAUGUUAAUAAUGAAGAAUGGGGCAUUAUUUUUGCUUUGAGCAUUCAUUGUUAGCGUUAGGUUGUCCUGUGUCAAGCAUGCCCCCUGCUUUAGCAAAAACUCAGCCAAUUUUCCAAUCCUGAAUCAAAAGACUGAGAUCGAUUGUCACAUCUCAACAACAAUUAGAUUUUAGCCCAGGUUCAAGAAUCCUAGCUUUGAGCAUCUUGAGUACCCUAAUCCAUACUGCUGUGACAUCUUUCCAUUCCCAACAUCAGCCAUCCUGUGAUCUUUCUUUGAAAUUGCAAAGGUAGUGGUUGAAUGUGGUUAGUUUUAUUUUGCUAUUACCCUAUUAUGGCCACUAGAAAAUGCAUUGAAGCUCUGAAUUUCUUUCAUUUAAGACUAUUUUAUAGUCAGCAAACACAAAAGAUUCUCAGGCAAUCAUCCCAGGACAAUCUGUGCAUUCUUCUUGCUUACUUUUUAUACCCUUCACUUCUCUGAAUAAUGUUCACCAACUUGCUGAACUAUAGUUCCAUGGAUGGUAAUUGCUUUUGCAAGCUCCCACUGGUGGUCACUUGUUAUUGGCGAGCCCUGACACUGUAUAUUGCAGACUGUUUAACUCCAGAAAACAACUGUGGAGCUUUACCCUGUCCUCAUCACUUCUAAAUCCAGGGACACUGAAGCUGAUCAUAGCAUCCCCAACUGGUAGUCAUAAAGAUCUACAGCACCGAGAAAGGCUCUUUGGCCCAUCACGCCCAUGGUCAAAAACAACCACCUCACUAUUCUACUCCUGUUUCCCAGCACUUGGCCCAUAGCCUUAAACACCUUGGCAUCAAAAGUGCACGUUUUAAUACUACUAAAUUAUUCUGAGGGUUCCUACCUCUACCACCCUUACAGGCAAUGAGUACCAGAUUCCCAUCUCCCUCUGGGUUAAAAAGUUUCUCCUCACAUCUCCUCUAAACCUUUUACCCCUUACUUUAAAUCUAUAUCCCCUGGUCAAUGAUCCCUCCAUUAAGUGGAAAGAGUCUUUUCCUGUCUACCUAAUUUGUACCCCUCAUAAUUUUAUACAUCUGAAUCUUGUCCCUCUCAAUCUCCUCUGCUCCAGGGAAAACAAUUUCACAAGCUUCAAAAUCUCCCCUCCCCCUACUGCAUCCCAAAACCAGCCCAGCUCGUCCCUGCCUCCCUAACCUGUUCUUCCUCCCACCUUUCCCCACCUCCCACCUCAAGCCCCACCCCCAUCUCCUACCUACUAACCUCAUCCCGCCCCCUUGACCUGUCCGUCCUCCCUGGACUGACCUAUCUCCUCCCUAACUCCCCACCUACACUCACCUUUUACUGGCUCCAUCCCCGCCUUUUUGACCUAUCUGUCUCCUCUCCACCUAUCUUCUCCUUUUAUCCAUCUUCUAUCCGCCUCCCUCUCUCUCCCUAUUUAUUUCAGAACCCCCUUCCCCUCCCCCAUUUCUGAUGAAGGGUCUAGGCCCGAAACGUCAGCUUUCCUGCUCCUCUGAUGCUGCUUGGCCUGCUGUGUUAAUCCAGCUCUACACCUUGUUAUCCCAGCCUGUCUGAUCUCUCUCCACAACUGAGACUUUCUAGCCCAGGAAACAUCCUGGUAAAUCUCCUCUGCACCCACUCCAGUGACAUCACAUCCCUCCUAUAAUGUGGUUUCCGGAACUGUGCAGAAUACCCUAGCCCUGGGAGCUGAAUUUAAACUCCAGUACCAGCGUUGACUGGUUGUCGUCCAACCUGUUGGAGCAAAUUAUUAAGCGUACUAACAGAAAUACAUAUUAAUUACUUUAUCAGGAACCUUUGCUAAAGGCAAUGGUUUUGUAUUGCUUCUACACACUUUUUAUCUAAAUGAUUAAAAAUGAAAGUGCUGGAAAAUCCAUUCAGGUUUGGCAAUAAUCUGAAUUGAAAUGGGCAGUAUUUCAGAUGUGACUUCUUCAGACCUGAUUUUAUGUUUAAAAAUGUGCAUGGGAGUUGCUAAAGUCUUAGAAAAUUUAGCUUAUUACGCUAAACUGCUGAUCUAUCACUUUAAACUCCUGUAAAAAGCUGACAUCUGCAUGCACCUUACAUAUUUAUGCAUUCCUUCAUAUGUGCAUCUACUGAUUUACUAUAGUUGAGCAAAGCAGCUGUUGAGUGAUUCUGCAGGGGCUGCUGGAGUUUGACUAGUGAACAAGACCCUCACUCUCACAUCUCCACGCGCACACACACCCCCUCCACACGCACACACUCUCCAUCCGCCCCCCCCCCCCCACACAUGCACAUUCACACACGUGUACACACACCUUUAUGCACACAUGCACAUGAGUUGGCAUAUGGAUGGGUUUGUAAAGGUGGUGCCCUCUCACCUGCCCACAAUUUUACAUGGGAUGAGCCAGGCAUGGAGGCACAUAUAACCUUGCCUUAACUUGACCAAUUAUUGACUACUUCAGGUGUGCUCCUCAUGUGGAUUCAGGGUCAGAAGGAAGCCCAGUAAGGGUGCCUCUAUCCCUCCAUUAAAAUCCUCACACCAAAUAGAUUGGCCUCAGCUCUCCGAGCUAAGGUGUCUAGCUGAGUGAGGGGUGGACAUUCUGACUCCAGUCAAUUAAUGUUUCUUAAGCCAUUAAAUAGUUUUGGGGCUGCUGUAAUCAGUGGGUAUACCCUCCCCACUAAUUCAUUAGGCCAUAGGUUGGAAAACCCCUCCAUCCAAAAAAUUCUACACCCCCAUGACAAGUUCUGUUAAUCUCUGUAUACCCUUGAUCGUCAGGCAUUAGGGAUGUUUUGAGAAUCCUUGAUAGGCUGAGCAUUUGGAUGAGGUGAAAAUGUGUACAGUUCUCCAAGAUGUUGCAUUUUGUAGCUCCUAAAAAAACUUGUUAGAAAUUUUAGGUUGAUAUGUCAAUGUUGAAAUUAAACUGUUAAAAUAUGCCAUGAAAAGAUAGUUGAUCAAAAUAGUAAAAGGGAGAUGUUCUGCCGUGGUGCUCUCCAGCAUUGUGUUUCUGAGAGUGCCAAGCUGGUAAAUCUCUCCUUAGUUUGAUCUUGUGUUGGUACUUCAGACAGAUUGAGUGUUUAACCAUCCCUCCAGUAAGUUUAUCCUAAGAAUCUGGAAUACUCGCAGUCAUUUAGUUUCUUUAUUCUUGGGAAUCCAUGAUUUCUGAACUAUAUUGCUAACUGACUACUGUCUGGAAGCAAAACCUUUUGGGAGGUGACAAGAAUGAAGGUGAUUCAAAUGAGUUCCAUUUUCCGAUUUCCAUUUUAUGAUCUACUCUUUCACCAGACUACAGACGACCUGGAUCCUUCUCAAUCCACCUCUAUAAUCAAUUAAAUGAAUGACACACAAGCGGUCAGGAAACAUAGCCUGUCAUUCUGGGAGGAAUUAUGAAGUUACAUCUUCAGUACGAGGGGGAGUUUUUGUAUGUGUAAGUCUUCUAUAGGGAGGCCUUAGGUUGUUUUGACUUGCUGUUUUGACUGGAAAAGAUUGCCACUGGUUAGUUGCUAAUGAAGAGAGAUGUUGAACAAAGGCAAGAUUACAUUUUAUUUUAAACUGUAUGAACUAAUAAAUGAAUAAUAGCAACUGUGGUUGAUGCCUUUUGUGUUAGUGUUCUCAAAAAUGACCAUUAAAAUCUGAAAUUAAAUUUUGCCUUUACUAAGUGAAAUUCAGAAGUUAUUGCAGAAUUUCCACUGGAAUAAUAAGCUUUCACCUGUCUUAAGACAAAUUGGGUACUUCACUUCCAAACAGAAACUUGAGCUGAAGUUUGGAAUACUGUCUGUCGCUUUGAUUUAUUUUUCUUCUCUUACAAGCCAACAUCCAUUUUGCUCAUCAAGGUCUCUGAUAAUGAGCUUGUAUUUCAACUGCAAUCAACUUAUUAAUUUGUAUCUGUACACUAAUUACAUGCUUGCUAUAAACUUCUUAGCAAGUCAAGUUUUUUAAAAAAAUCCCAUGUUUUCGUAAUGUUUCUUAUGUACUGUACUAUAAAUCUUUAAUAUUACAAUUGAAUGAGUCUGCCUUGUAAGGAUAGGCAAGGUGAAGAUUGGUAAUAUAAACAUUUCUGGUUGGAUGUUAGUUACAGGUCUACAGAAGACAGCACAUACCAAGCUUCCCACAAAGAUAAUUUGACAAUAAAUUAUGUAGUGUGGCACUUGCACUCCCUCUACAGUAAUCUCCCUCAUGUCAAAUUCUUGUUCUUCAUUAUCCUUUUUGCUGGCUGCCUACAUAAUGAAAAUGCAUGAUGUCAAAUUCCAAAACAUUUAGAACAUGCAACUAGUAUCAUUUAGCUUCAUUCUUGGAAGUACAUUGUGUGGAGUAUUUAAUUUCUUAGAUUGAGUUGCUUGCAAAGAAAGAUGCAUCGGCAAACAAAAAGUUUCAAUAAUGCCUUCGAUUGCUUCAAAAUUGAACUUCACUCUACCGAAAUCUAUUAAUAGAACUAAAGUGGAAGCAGCAAAUUAAUUGUGAAUUAAAAACAGUGAUGAGCUGCCCCAGUUAAAUGAGGACUAGUGUCAUUGAGUAUGUAACAAGCUUCAAUUGUGAACUCAGGUUUAUGGGUACUAGAGAGACUUUACACUUUAUUCCCCUGAGAAUUGUUAAAAAAUUUUAAAGAAAACUUUGUUUGUUUUGAAUCAUCCUUUAGAAAAUGAAUUUACAUUUCAAAGGUUGAUUAUUAAAUGUAAGUUUAAAGAUGUAUUAUAUGAUUUUGUGCAAAAGUGGUCAUGCACUUCGUAGAGGUAUCUGAACAAUUGGUAUCAAACAUGGCUGCAGAAAGUAAUGAAUUAAACAUGUUCUUGAUUGUAAUGAAACAAA